AUCAGUUAAUCAUCCAUCCAUAAAUAUAACGUGAAAAGAUAUCAAUCGUUAAAAAAAACGUAGUCGGCCAAAAAAACUAGCUAUCUACAUAUAUGAACCACGAGUCGGAACUGGUUGGGGUUUCAUGCGUCAGGGGAACUCUCUUUAAUCUUAAUCAAUCAGGACGAAAACAACCGAAGAUGACGUCGAUUCAAAGAUGAAUGAAUAAUUUUCGCAAAUGGCUGGAAGAGACAAGUGCUUCACUUCAUCAGAACACACGUGAGAAGCGUUGAGUCCCAAUACAAACUGCAACUUAAGUAAUUUCCUGUCGGGGUUCACGACCCCGCAGAUUAUGGUACUUUGACUUGGUUGUUUUGCAGAGGACAGCUAAAUAAUGUGCAAAGUCGAAAAACGCACUUGCUAAGCUAUUGUACAAUCAAGUAGAUAUUUCGUUUUGACACGUCCUCGUUGCCAUCGCCUUCUUGCUGAAGCUAACGUAGAUCAAUCAUUUUUCCAAUUGUAUGUUUAAUGUAAAAACGAGUUUCGUCGGUAAUCGUUAAAAACAAACUCUACUUGCCCCUUCAGAGCUUCCAGAACUCCAGUUUUUUGUCGACUGAAUUGAUCACGAAUGGAAAAAAAAGUAGUAUCCUCUCGAAUAAAUUUCCAAGGUCUAAAUUCUCAUUUAAAACAUAAUUCGCUUCGGUACAACUGCCCAGAGAGACUCAAUAUAGUACAACAGGUUUCUUUAACAUUAAUAUAUUAUUCAAAUAUCAUGAUUUAAUGUGUUUACAUUGCUCAUGACCGCAGUUGAUUUUUUUUAACGUAAUUCGCACCCUGGGCAAGUAAAAUGACACAUUACUAAUGUGUAAAAUGGGCCAUUUUAGGUUGCAAUACGAGGCAAAUAAGGCAUAUUGGUUUCAAAGCUGACUGUCACUGAAGCGAAAAUAUGUUAAAAAUAAUGGCGUUCCUUUUUGACUUGCUAAUUAAAACAAUUGAAAUCUUUGGAAUAAAAAAUAAUGACAAAUGAUAUUCCCAACUGAAUUGGCAUCGUUUUCGGAACGAUUGUUUAAGACGAGUUUUAAAAUUGACUGAUUAUCGAGGUUGAUGAAGCUGGAAUUUUGAAGAGGUGUGAGCGUGACUCGUGCGUGAUCGAAUGUAGGAGACGGUAGAAAGGUUUUCUGAACAAUUUAGAGCGAGUGACGCCUUUCCGGUCGCACAGGAUGCUCUUAAUACUCCAGCCGAGAUUCGAUUCACGUCAUCACUCAUCAAACAUUCUUUCUGAAAAGUAAAGAAGCUACUUUUCAACGGCAAGAGUUUAUCUCGAAAUGAAAAACGGAUCCAGGAACAUAUCGUGUGAUCAAGCGAAACUGAACAACAACCGAAACCACAACAACGAAUCGAUCAAAUCGACAUGCAACGGAGGGAUUCUUACAGAGAAGAAAUUACUCUACAACUUCGACGAAGUUGCACCCGAUUUCCAAGAAGCUUUCAUUCUUAGUGGGUAUCGGAAGCCUUACAGCAGCACCUGGGAAUGUUUACAAAGCCUUUUCUACGUUAACAAUGAGACUUUUAAUAUGUGGAGCCAUAUCGUGGUGUGUUUAUAUUUUGUCGUGCGGUAUUCCGUGGUCCUGAUUGAGUUAGGAAGUUCGUCCUCGCCGAAACAAGAUUUUUAUUAUCCAAUGUUAUCAUCGGCUAUCGGGAGCGUCACUAUCUACGCGUUGAGUGCUACAGCUCAUACAUUUAACUCACGGUCGGAAAAGCUGCACAGAGUUUUCUACUUUUUUGAUUAUGCCGGUAUUAGCAUCUACACCUACACCUCCGGUCAAGUUAUGUUCUUCUACAAUCGACCCAUUCAAACUGGAUGGCGAAUUUUCGAAUCUGCAUUGUUUUACACAAUCAUUGGCGCCAGCUUAUCUUUUCUGGCAACUUUCUUUUGCUGCCAGAGUAAAGUUGGUUUACGAAAGCACGGCUCGGCAAUCCGCAUAAUUCCAGUGUUCGCUGGCUGGUUGAACACUGUAUUAUCUCUUGCAGUUGGCGUGACAAUGUGUAGCUGUCACGCUGUCACGACAUGUCAAUCUUUCAUCGCCUGCAAUGAGCUGCUAAUCACGUACUUUCGACGUCACUGCUUUUACUCAAUCGUGGGCGGGUUGAUUUAUGGAAGUAAACUUCCAGAACGACUCUUGCCAGGAAAAUUCGAUAUCAUAGGAAGCAGCCAUCAUUUUCUUCACAUUUUUGGCGCCCUCUCCACAGAAUACGCCUUCAAAAUUCUGCAAGUUGCCAUAGAAAGUCGUCAGGAUUCAAGAAACGAAGUUUUGGCGAAGUCACUGAUUGGUAUAUCGAUCUGGGAGACAUUGUUUCCUACGGCUGUAGUAUUUGUCGUUAACAUCGCCAUAGCUUCUUGCUUUGCAAAGUUGAUUUAUAAUUCCAAAGAUGAAAUAACCAUCAAGAAAAAAAAAUGAGUCAUACAAAUGUCAAAGUUAUCAUUUAAAAUUUGACAUUUAAGGAAUCAUUUUGAGGUGCACAGAGGACCACCAUCAUUUAUCGCCGGGGGUCGGGGGGGCUGUCGGAUUUUGGUACUGUCACGAUAAAGUUUACCUGAUCCUACCAUGAAGCUUUGUAAUAUAUUUUUGAUCCCCCUCCCCUCCCCCCCC